GUGGGUUUCUGGUUCCAAAGGGCAGUGAUCUUGCACAGAUGAUCCAGAAAUCGAGUCCCUAGGGGACGAAAUAUGCAUCCCAAAAACUUCACAUAGUCCCUUCAACUCCACAAAUAUGGACUACGUACUGCGAAAUAUGGGCGUCAAACAUUUGAUCGUUGUGGGCAUGUUGACCAAUCAGUGUGUUGAAGGCACAAUUCGCGACGCUGCAAAUAAGGGUUAUUUGUGCACGUUGGUUACUGAUGCAACCUCUGCACAUACACUGGAAGAACAGUCAUCAGGUGAAUUCAAUCUGAAGGGAUUUGCUAGAUUGUUGACCACUGAAGAGCUGAUAACCGAGAUAUAUGCACAGUAA